GCUGAGUUGGUGGUUCCAGCUCAAACCAGCAGUAUUUACCUAGCUAGCUUGGCACAACCUGGGAGGGAUUGCUAAAAUGUUACCAUUAUCUAUAAAAGACGACGAGUACAAGCCACCCAAAUUCAACCUCCUCGCCAAGAUUUCAGGAUGGUUCAGGUAAAUUGUCUUAUUUGUUUGUGUUCUUGCUGUAUUUUUAUUAGGUCUUAAUUAGCUUGUUAACUAGCUAUUUUGAUUCUAUGCUCACUGGCUAGUUUAAUUCAGAUGUGAAAUAUAUGAUGCAAAAGAUUAUGCUGUAGUUACCUAGCUAACGUUAUCUACCAAAAACAGCUUGCUAGGGGUAUGGGACCAUCCACCUUGGUUGCUGACCAAAUAGAUAUUUGUUAGUUAGCUCCAUAGACAAACAUAAGGCUAAGUUAGCUGUCUAGAUAGCCAGUUAGCUUCAGAUGCACGAAUGUCUGGCCAACACAGCUGGAAGUUAGUUACUUCCCGAUUUACUUAGCUAGCCUAAGGGGGGGAGGGGGGAGGGCGGUUGUAUAGUAUUAAAUAUUUGUGUGCGGUCAACAACAUGCGUGUUCAGGAAACUGAUGCAAUUUUGCACGUUUGACAUAGAUCAAUCCUAUCUGAUAAAACAUCACGCAAUUUGUUUUUCUUUCUCUGUCUGAAUCUGUCCUUUGCUUUUGUUGAAUUAUCGUACGGCAUAUGGAGUAACAGUUUAGGUUUGAUAUCAGAUUCCUUUCACAUGUUCUUUGACUGCACUGCACUUUUAGCCGGACUUGCAGCCUCUGUGAUUUCCAGGUGGAGGUCAAAUGACUCAUUCUCAUAUGGAUAUGUGAGGGCGGAGGUGUUGGCAGGGUUUGUGAAUGGCCUGUUCCUCAUCUUCACCGCCUUCUUCAUUUUCUCAGAAGGCGUAGAGAGGGCUUUGGAGCCGCCACACGUGAAUCACGAUCGUCUGCUCCCUGUGUCUGUCGCUGGGCUGCUGGUGAACCUGGUGGGCAUCUUUGUAUUUCAGCACGGGGGCCACGGCCACUCUCACGGAGGGGAUGAAGGUAAGAGCCACAGCCACUCUCUGUUCAAUGGCGAUGCAGGUCACGGACACAGCCAUGGGGGGCAUGGGCACGAGUCCAAACAUGGAGAUGGGCACGAGCACAGCCAUGGAGAUGGACACGGGCACAGCCACGGAGGGCACGGACAUGGACACAGCCACUCCCACGAGGAGCCCCACUGCCAUGAUGAACUGCACACGCCAGGGAAGGGCUCCAGCAAACAGAUUUUGCAAGGGGUGUUUUUACAUAUAGUAGCUGACACUCUGGGCAGUGUGGGAGUGAUCAUCUCAGCGCUCCUGAUGCAGAAGUAUGACCUGAUGAUCGCUGACCCCAUCUGCUCCAUGUGCAUCUCCAUUCUGAUCGGAGUCAGUGUAGUGCCUUUGCUGAGGGAGUCCAUUGGGAUUCUGAUGCAGCGAACUCCGCCCUCUCUGGACAAUGCCCUGCCAGAAUGCUACCAGAGGUUGCAGCAGUUGCAGGGUGUGUACAAUCUGCAGGAGCCUCACUUCUGGACCCUAUGCACAGAUGUCUACAUUGGCACAGUCAAGCUGCUAAUUGCACCUGACGCUGACAGCAAAUGGAUUCUAAGCCAAACGCACAACAUUUUCACACAGGCUGGAGUACGGCAACUGUAUGUCCAGAUAGAAGUGGCGACGAUGUAGGACUCGUUCCUCGUCUCUCCCUGGGACCAAAGCCUCUGUGUGCUGCUGUGGGGUUUCCUCCCCACCCUUUCCCCCCUAAACCCUGCAUCUCUCUGGGUUUUAAAGUCCACAUCACAAACCAAGGACCAAGACGGAAGCAGCUACAGGACAAGUACACUGACUCUUGAGAGGACACAAGAAAACGGGGGAAACCAAAACUUGCCAAUUAUGAUGCGACGUCUGCGGGGAAAAUGAGAACUUUGCACACACCCACUUCCACCCAUUCUACUGUUUAGGAAGUGUUUAUCUUAAUGUCAGAGACUUAUUUUGGUUUUAUCAUUCCCCCCUCCAUUUUAAGAUGGGAUUUUAAUUCAUUUGUAACUAUUAUCUGCGUUAAAGUACACUUCAAUGGACAUUCGUGUUAAGCCCUGCAACCAUGUAAGAUCCAUAGAUGGUCUAUUUUUAUACGUCCAUAUGAGUCACACACAAUUAACAAGGGGCAUAUUCCAUUUGGCCAUUUAGUUGCACUUUGCACACUUGAGCCGUUCAACUGUCAUUUUGGGUUUCUUAAGUGCCUUUUUCACCAAAUCAUGGACUGGAAUCAUGUCCCUCCAGACCCAAAAGGAAUCAGAUGACCAACAUGGGUCUUGUUAUUCCAACCCCUUGGUUCCAUCCUUGAUCCAGCAUCCCUUUGAGGGUUGUCAUGGUAUUUUUCCUAAGGGAAUAUUGUCAUAAUUCCCUGGACGGCACACAGUGGUUUUAUUUGAACCUUGAACAGCUGCGUACGACCUUGUCAAAGAGGAUGGUUAAAACCGAUGUAAGCCUAAAACUCAUGAUUUCAUUGCCCUCAUUGGUCUUACUUUAAUGUAAUGGGCCAAGUGUGCAGUUGGCCAGUUCCAUUCUUAUUUUGAAAUGUAAUAAAUGAUUUUACUGCA